CUACUAGUCACUGUUCUUACGCUAAACACUUUCCAGAAGACAGAACUACAAAAACAUUAUAUCAGCAACUGUAUAAAAGUUCCAGUUUUCCGCCAUGGUGCUGUUUGAGGAUCAGGAAUGUGGGGUCUGUUACCUGCGUUACUCUCGCACCGACCGUGUUCCCAGAACUCUCCACUGUAACCACACAUUCUGCACCCCCUGUCUGGAGACUAUGGGGCUGCAUUACAGCGGCCUGCGCACCAUUCGCUGUCCCCUCUGUCGCCAGGUGACCUGUCUGGACCGUGGGCUCAGCUUGCAGGAGGCUCUUUUUGUCAAUAGCCAACUGUGGGACAACAUUUGUGCUGAACAGGAGGAGGAAGAGAACGAGAGAGAGCAGGAAAAGGAGGAAGAGGAGAACAACUCUAGUAUACAGGUUCUGCCCUCAUCACAGGCUGAAUGUCCAAUGCCGAAACAAUACAGACCUAAACUCCGACUCCCAUCUUUCCUGAAAAGAAUGAGUUUCUCCAGACAUCCUGAAGAGAGGAUUGUUCCCACCUGCAAUGUAGAAAUGAUGUCAUGGCGAAGGAUUUCAUCAGAAGAGAUAUUCUGAAAAGCAGAACAGACAUCACAAACAGUGGAUUAACAAUAGACUUUCGCCGUCUGUUUUGCUGCUGUCCUUAAAAGUGUUUGCCAUGUGCUAAUUACGCCUGGCGUACUGAAAAAGCAGGAGCAAUGGAAAAGGUCGUUUAAACAAACACAAUCCCCAUGUGCUUCUCCGACUGCAUUUUCCACUUGAAUAGCCACAAGCCUGCAUCCCGCUCCUCCAUCUGAGGGGAACUUCUCAUUAGAUAUUCCACCCUUAAUCCAUCCCAGCUGCUGAGGCCGGAUUUGUUUCAGCUGUCCCGAGAGGGAUAGGGUCCCAGAUGCGAAACAGGACUUUUGGAGCAGAUGGCAUCUUGUCAAAAGAUUCUGAUCC